CCAUCAAGCCUUGUCAUCAUCCAUCUAUUUAUAUCUGUGGGCUGACUUUGAUAGAUAAUGAAUCUUACUCGGGGUAUAGUAGGUUCCUUCCCACUCAUACCUUGUACCUGAGGUACUAGCUGUAGAAAGCGGAAUGAGACUCUUCUCUGUUUCCUGUCCAAACAUAAAAACUGAUGUUUUGAACUAAUUUUUGAUUAACAAAUUUCAGUAAAGGUUUCAUUUCUCCAAAAAAAAGAAGCAACCGUAUCAAGCCAAUAUUUUAUUGGCAGAAUCCAGUAACUCUGACUUACUUACAAUGUCUUCUUUAAACAUUUUUGAACUAUGGUAAGCCAGAGGACACACUUGUAAGAUGGUAGUCAGCCAAUAAAAUCUCUCGUUUCAGUGUUCCCUCCCACUGUAUGACGGCUACAUGUAAAGUGUCAUCAUAUAUAAGGUGCCCCACUGUCAGACCCACACACUAUGCAGUGCAGAAGUGACUGAUGUACAAAUGAUGGUCAGACACUUAUUUUUGUUUUACAUAAACUUGGGUAAGUGUAAGACGUUUUAAUUGAGUUCCUUUUUUAAUCAUUUGAAGUAUGUCGUUUUAAUAGAAAUGGUUGAUCCAUGUCUUUGUCUUUGAUCCAUUUUGUUUGUUUGCUUUGACAGUUUGUGCUUUUACCAAACCAAACGUAAUCCAACCAACCCCUGUGAUGGUUACUGAGCCGGGAGGCUCUGUGACUCUCACUUGCUUUUGUCCUGAUGUGUCGGUGACCAGUUUUGAUUGGUUCAAGCAGAGUGUUGGACAGAAACCCCUUCACAUGGCGUCAUCACCAUAUAUUGGCCAAGAUAGUUUUUAUUCCAACAAUUUUAUCAAGGACUUUACUCAGACCAAGCGUUUGGGUGUGAGGAGAGGACUCUACACCUGUAACCUGACCAUUUCCAAGGCACAGCCAGGGGACUCAGCUACAUACUAUUGUUCCACUAGAGUCAUCUAUGAGCUCACUAUUGGAGAGGGAACUGUUUUAUUUGUCAAAGACUCAGAGUCCAACAGCAUGUCUGUGCUCCAGCAGCCUGUGUCUGAGUCAGUCCAGCCAGGAGACUCUGUGACUCUGAACUGUACAAUACACACUAAGACCUGUGCAGGAGAACGCAGUGUCCUUUGGUUCAGACAUGGCUCAGGAGAAUCCCGUCCAGGAAUGAUUUACACCCAUGGAAACAGGAGUGAUCAGUGUGAGAAGAUCUCUGAGGCUGGGUCUCCUACACAGAGAUGUGUCUACAACCUCCCCAAGAGGAACCUCAGUUUCUCUGAUGCUGGGACUUACUACUGUGCUGUGGCCUCAUGUGGGGAGAUACUGUUUGGAGACGGGACCAAGCUGGACCUUCAAGUUCCAGAGCAUCAUCCUCCAUUUGAUCUGAGUCCUACUGUUCUGUCAUUGGUCGUCUCCAACAUCGUUCUGGGGAUAGUGACCCUUCUACUUGUCUGGGCGCUGUGCAAGACUCAGAACAGAGAUAGCAGAGGGAGGACUGAUGUCCCAACGUCCCAGGGCAAUCAGAAUCAAGACAGUGACGUGCUGAACUAUGCAGCUGUCAGUUUCACCCCCAAGAAGAAGUCCUCUAGAACAGCGAUAAAGAAGACCAGCAGAGAGGAUGCAGUGUACUCAGAUGUCAGAUACCUUCAGCAGCAGUGAAAUAUAUCACCACUGUCACAAAGACUCCAAGAAGAACCAUUUUACUAUUUGUAGCAUAAUUGAACUGCUUUUAGUAAC